AUGCCAGGCCUCGUUUUUCCUCCCCAUGCUGAUUCCAGUCCAGUGGACCAUCACAGUCAGGAAACUUCUUCUUUUUAUGGGAACCAGAGAUUGGACUGGGCUAGUGGUCCCUAUUUUCUUCUGGCCUUUGUUGUGAGGAAUACUUCCUUUUUAGCCGGGCUCAUUUCUCGUAGAGAAAUGCCCGGCUAUUGCGAUGAUGAUGGACCACUCUACUUCCUUUUACAACAGGUGCCCCUACAGAUUCACAAAGUUCCAGUGUUGAGUUUCCAUGACCCCUAUUCACUGGAUGAUGACAUAAUUCAGAUUGCUGACACUUGUUGGAAGGAUCCCUUUCAGUCGCCUACAAUGUUCUGUCCACAAGAAAAACCAGCCACUUGUGUUACCGGACUAUCAGGCAAGGAUGGAGUCCUUAAUGGAAUCGGUACUCAAAAGAAAUCAUACCUAACUUCAUAUAAUGGUACAUCUAAAGUUGCAUACCAGGGUUACACUGGAUGUGACAUUUUCCAGAUGAGUAAACAGGUUCAAGUUUUUGGGGCAAGGGAUGAUGACAUAAUUCAGAUUGCUGACACUUGUUGGAAGGUCCCUUUCAGUCGCCUACAAUGUUCUUUCCACAAGAAAAACCAGCCAAUUGUUUACCGGACUAUCAGUGACUUCAAGUGGUCACCUGAUCUCAGAGAAAGUAUGGAGGAAAUCUGUCUCAUGCUAGGUGUAAAAUUCACUAUGCCACAACGUUACGUGAGCCAUAGAUGGCUAUCCGUGUAUGAUGUUACCAUGGACACACUUCGGAUGUUUGAUGCAUUUGCCAUUUUCUACUAUUCAUGGGUCAUUUCCUUGGACUUUGAUAAAGUUAAAUAUUUACCUGUUGUGGUGGAAGUUUAUCAUCGACUCAAAGUUCCAAAGGAAUCCAGGCAGCGGAUAAAUGACAUCAUGACGCAUUUAUUAAAAACAUUUAUUUCAUACAGUUUACCAGAAUUUACACCAGGUAGCAGAUCAAAAGAAUCAGGUCCUCAGUUUUGUUUAACCUCUUUGGAACUAAAGAAGAAGAAUCUAACAAAAGACGGCAAGGACAGGAAAAGGAGGAUUGUAGAGAAGCUAUUUGUGGAUAGGAAAAGCAUUAAGCUGAUCCUCGGACUGUAUUCAUCUGUCCUACCCAUGCUAAAAGAAUUUGUCGUAUUGUUCGAGAUGAAAGAGCCCUUGAUUCACCAGCUGCAUGAACGACAGAUGGAUUUGGUGAAAGAAUUCUUUCUUUGUUUCGUGAAACCAGAGGUGGUUGUUGAGGCUUCAUCAGGAAGCAAGUUAAAAGCCAUUGAUGUUACUUCCUCUAAAAACCUUAUGUCAAGGGAACAGAUAUUCCUUGGAAGUAAAGCCAGGAAUCUUGUGAGCAGUUCUUCAGCAGGAGACUACACAGUAAAGUGCUUCUUAGACCAGGUGAUAGAAGCUUAUAAGUCCUGUGGGAAAACAUUGACAGACAAGCUGCCUCUCACAAACAAAUUCAUUAGAUCAGUUGCAGCAAUCCACCCAGAUGCAGGACAUUCAUCAGUUUUGAAGUUGUUAUUAAAUCUGCCUAAAUUGGCCACAAACGUUCUAGAUGAUGAGGAACCAUAUGAUAGAGACUGCCGCCGUUUCCAGGUUGAUCAGCUGAAGGACAUUGAGGAUGAGGAAAGGAUUGACCAUUGGUGGGGAAAUCCUGCAUUAUCGGAGAAAUAUCCAUCACUUACAAGAAUGGUAAAAGCAGUCCUUUGUUGUUUUCAUGGACCACAGGUAGAAGCAUCCUUCAGUUCAAUGACGGAUAUCAUUGACAACAAGUCCAACCGACUUAAUGCCACAACUUUCAGUGCUAUACAGACAGUAAGGUAUGAACUUUCAGCAUCAGGAAAGACAGCAGUACAAUAUUUCCAGAAAAAAGACUUUUUACAUGAAAAAAUUGAUGUCAACCUGUGCAAAAACAUGGUAAGUGUUUAUUUUUUGAGAAACUACACCCUAGAACUUAAGAGAAAAAAGACAUAA